UGUGGCUGUGGCUGUGGCUGUGGCUGUGACUGUUGCGGCUGUUGCUGGUGCUGCCGUGUUAGUGGCGGGACUCUGGGGAUGGCUGCUGCCGUCGGACAUAUCGGGCAAUGGCGUGGAUGGGGAUCUCCUGGAUCUCAGCGUAUUCCGCGAGCGCCAGGGCCGAGUCGACUUCGCCCAGCACCAGCGCUGCGCUGUGGAGAUAAUAGCAGAGAAGGCAGCGGGUUGCUCGAGCUGGUGGCGCCCCAGUACCCGAAACAUGUCCGUUCCGAUGCUCCGGUUCGAUCCUCCGAUCCGAUGCCCCAUCUCUGGGGUACGCUAACGCGGCUGGACCCGCAGGACCAGGGCCCCCAGGCUGGCAGGGCGAUAUGCGGGUCCCAGCGACAUGCAUGCCCUGACUCGCUUGAAGUUCACCACCUCAUCUUCCCCUGCGCGCAUGGCGAGACGACCAGGGUCCUAUCGGGAGCGGUUAUGCUGCGUGUUAGCGAGAUGGACUCGUUGUCCAGAAGAAUUCUGGAGCCCGGCCUUGCUAGCAAUCCCACUCUCCGUAAGGACGAGUGCCCACGGGUAUUUGCAAGCCACCGAGUCCACAGCGCGCCGCCACUUCGGAGUAUCGGACCUGAGCACUCCCACGGGCGGUAAUGUCGCAAAAAGGGAGUCGGCGACGGCUUCAAUAAAAACAGUGACUGAUGCCCACGUCCUGCCGGCAGCUGUUGAAGGGGCCAUCCGCUGUCAUUCCUUUGGCCUAGUGUUUCACGACAUCGAACAAGUACGAACUCCCUGCUUGAACCCUCGACCGGCAUCACGCCCUCUCCCCUUCGACCGCAUACAGAGCCCAAGACGGUAAAGGAGCGAGCUCUGUCGAUCGACCAUGGCGGAACAAAGUGAUUCCUCGACGAUCAACAUAGAGAUGGGGCCAAACCAGCCACCAGCCACAACCAACUCUAGCGAAAAGCUCGACCCGAACAUUGUCGACUGGGACGGGCCCGACGAUGAGCAGAACCCGCGCAACUGGUCCAACCUUGAGAAAAACGUGCACAUUGUGCUGGUGAGCCUGAUCACGCUCAACGCCAACCUCGCGGCCACCAUGUUCGCGCCAGGGGCCGCCCAGCUAGUGUCCGAGUUCGCCAUCACCAACAGCAUCGUGGCGGUCAUGACGGUGAGCCUGUACGUCCUGGGCUUCGCGCUGGGCCCGCUGGUGCUGGCGCCGCUGUCGGAGCUGUACGGCCGCCUCCCCGUCUACCACGGCUGCAACCUCGUCUUCACUGCCUUCACCGUCGGCUGCGCCUUCAGCACCGGGCCCGACAUGUUCCUCGCCUUCCGCUUCCUGGCUGGCUGCGCCGCCUCCGGCCCCAUGACCGUCGGCGGCGGCUCCAUCGCAGACCUGAGGGCGCCCAACGAGCGCGCCCGCGCUAUGGCCCUGUUUACCACGGGUCCCCUGCUCGGCCCCGUCCUGGGGCCUAUCGUCGGCGGCUACGUCUCCCAGUACAUUGGCUGGCGGUGGACCUUUCGCAUUAUCCUGAUCCUGGCCGGUGCCGUCGGGGCUGCCUUCGCCCUCUACGGGCGCGAGACCAACGCGCCAGUCCUCCUGCGCCGCAAAGCCGAGCGCCUGCGCAGGGAGACGGGCAACCAGGCGCUCACGCCCAAGGUGGCGCGCCAGGGGACGCCGCGCCAGAUGUUCGCGGCGGCCAUUGUGCGGCCGUUGAAGCUGCUCGUGCUGUCGCCCAUCGUGCUGCUCAUCUCGCUGUACACGGGCAUCCUGUUCGGCCUCGUCUUCCUGCUCUUCACCACCUUCCCCGAGGUCUUCCACCACACGUACGGCUUCAGCGCCGGCACGGCGGGCCUCGCCUACCUCGGCCUCGGGCUCGGCAUGGGCGUCGGGCUCCUCGUCUUCACCAAGCUCAGCGACCUGCUUGUCAGGCGGGCGGGGGACGGCGCCUCGCACAAGCCCGAGGACCGCCUGCUCCUGAUGAAGUGGGUCGCGCCCAUCACGCCGCUCGGGCUGUUCCUCUACGGCUGGAGCGCCGAGUACGCGGUGCACUGGAUCGUGCCCAUCCUCGGCACCUUCUUCGUCGGCCUGGGCUGCCUCUUCGUCAUGAUCCCCGGCCAGAUCUACCUGGUCGACUCGUACGGCGCCGCGGGGGCGGCCUCGGCCCUCGCCGCCAACCUGCUGGUCCGCAGCCCCUUUGGCGCGUUCCUCGGUCUCGUCGCGGCCCCUCUGUACAGCAGCCUCGGGCUCGGAUGGGGUAACAGCGUGCUGGGCUUCAUCUGCCUCGCCUUUACGCCCGUGCCCUGGCUCUUCCACCGCUACGGCGAGACGCUUCGCACCCGCUUCGCUCUGGAGCUGUAG